ACACAUGGACUAUACUGGUCUGCAGACAGUACACAACUGUCCAUUGUAAUACAUACAUCAGAGUGGUGUAGUAGAGAGCGUGGGAGUUCUUAUUACGUGGGGUAUGCUGUGAGCAUCGUGUGUUACUGGUUUUCAUCGCGGAGUGUUACAGUGGUGAGGCGGUCGCUCCUCACUGACACUGUAGUAAGUCUGCCGUCAACAGGUCAGCUGUGAAGUUGGCGAAGUUCGAAGUAAAGUUUAUGUAGACAGAAUAACUGUCAUUUCCCCGGCCUGUCUAACCCUCGGAGUUUCUCUGAGGGCCGGUGACGACUCUGCUAAACGACCAUGGACAUUCUCGGUACAGGACGAUGUGACUUCAGUCCGGAGGGCGACAUGGGCGACAUCCUGGACUCGGAUAUGUUCGGUUCGCCAUGUGGGCUGGCAACAAAUGACACAUACAUGGAUAACGAUUGGUUGAACAGCUUGUUCGAAGACCCCGUGUUGAAUGACAAGAUGAUUACCGAGGCGGUUCAGCCACCGCGCAUCCAAUCCGAACACAGCUACUCCAUGCAUAAUGAUAAUGUCUCGUCUUUGGAACUGCCCAAGCUGGAAGACUUCCCAGAUGAUAUGGAAACAGAUUUUUUUGGAACGACCAGCCCUUUAGAUCUGAGCCAGAAAUCUGCAUGUCCCACUGAUCUGAUCAUCAAACAAGAGCCAGCCUCGGAGGAGUACAUCUUGUGUCCCGCCAGCACCACUUCCACUCCUGUCACCACUGAACACAAGCUCCCAACCAUUGUCUUGGCAACUGCUGCUAACUCCAUCCGCAGUCCUAAAUCGGAGCACGUGAUGCUUCUGAAGACCGCGAAGACUGAGCCAGGAGACCAAGAUCAGUCUUCCUCAGAUUCCGGUUACGACAUGCUUCCUCCAACGCCUCCCAGCAGUGCAAGCAGUGACAGCGAGGGUAGUCUUAGUCCUCAGAGAUCUGCGCCUUCCAGUCCCGUGAGGGAAAGCCCCUCCAAACAUCAUCCCAUCUCCAAGGCAUUCUCACAACCACUCUUCACUAGCCCAGUAAGUUAGUCAGGUGUUCUAAUAUUAUCAGAAGAAGAAAAGAGAACAUUAAUAACAGAAGGGUAUCCCAUUCCAGACAAAUUACCACUCACCAAACAGGAGGAAAAAAAUCUGAAGAAAAUAAGAAGAAAGAUAAAAAAUAAGGUAUGCAGUGAAGACAUCACUUGUCAAUCUCUGGCUCAAGAAAGUCGGAGGAAGAAGAAAGAAUAUUUAAGAAACAUUAGAAAAAAGGUGAGUUCUUACACCCAAGAAAACAGUGAUUUGAAGCGAAAAGUGGACAGCCUAGAGAACAACAAUAGAUCGCUGCUAAGUCAGUUACAAAAGCUGCAAUCAUUGGUUGGCAAGAUCGACCGUCCGUCCUCCACAACCACUCAGACAGGAACAGUACUUAUGGUGAUGGUCCUGUGUUUCGCCAUCUUUGUUGGGGGCUGGGCACCUCCGUCUAUGACAUCGGCUACAGCAGCCUGAACACGGCUGGCAUCUCCUCCGCUCUUCACUAACCCCAAGCCUGUCCACCCGUCGCCCAGGAUGGGGCCUCAACCCCAGAAUAUACGCAUCAUGGAGUCCUACUCUACUCCAACCAAGAAGUCGCGUGUCUUGCUCUCCCUGAAGGAGGACAUAGAGGAUCUGUAUGGACCACGUCUUCCCGACUCGGGCUGGCGACUAGAGAAGGAACAGAAGGUCGAUCAGCCCCCGGUAUUGGAGCCCCUAAAGAAGGAGAGCGAGGACAACAGUGCUGCGGCUGUGCCAGUUAUCACUCUGGACCAGUCACCAUGCCGACGUUAACAGACCGCACAGCUGCAAGAGAUGCAAGCGCUGAUGCACCCAGACAUCUCUGCUCCUGCACACUUCCUGUCAGCUGACCAUCUCCUUAAUGGCACGACCGUCAACGAGUCGGCAUAAGCUCCCUCUUAUGAACAGAAUGUUUUCAAAAGAACAUUUGGGCAUGUGGGGUGAGGAUGUAUAGUUGGGGCGAAAAAAAAAAAAACCAAACUGUAUGGGCAUUGUUUGUUCCAUAUAUUGUCCUAGGAGGAGCCAUGCUCUGUGUUAGUACCGAUUUGCCUGUAUACUACUGAUGGGCUCCAUUCUCCACUGUUGUUGAGAUUUACUAUGAUUAUACAUGUAUGUGAUACUGUUAAUCUAUAUAACCUGUUAAUAGAAUUAUAUCAGAGAUGUAUAUUGUGGGUGCUCAAGUUGAUACAGUGGGCCAAUCACUUGUACUGUCGAGGGUUCGGACAGCGUGUCAUCGUCAUUUUAUCAUUAUCUUGAUCAAGCAUUUACAUCACAGAUCAGACCAGUGGAA